GUUUAAAGUGUUUUGUAAGUAGUAUGUGGUCCUAAUGCUAAACUUUCAGUGGAUGUUUUUCAAAGACAAUGAAAAGAGCUUCAUCAAGACCUCAACAACUCAAAGAGCAGCUCCUUCAGGCCAUCGAUGCUCAAAAUAAUAUACAGAACACGAUGGCUGUAUUGGAUGUGAUAUGCUGCCUGGAAAAUUUCCCCAUGACUAAAGAGGCUCUAGUGGAAACCAGACUUGGAAAGUUGAUCAAUGAUGUGAGAAAAAGGAGCACAGAUGAAGAUCUUGUUAAACGUUUAAAAAAUCUUAUACGACGUUGGCAGAGGCUGGUUGAAGUAAACGAAGUCACAGCAAAAGAGCUUUCAAGCUUUGCAGACAAUUCGACUUCUGCUGAAUGCAUUCCUGGAUCAACACAAACCCUUACUGAAAAUUACAGUAGAACUCUUUUUCACAGUACCAUGAGUGAGAAGGCUGAAAUGUCUCAGGGUUCUGUCCCAGAUAAAACCAUUAAAUAUCCAAACAAUUUUAGAAAGAGUAAAAUACCUGUCCGUGCAAUCAAACCAUAUUCCUCGUCCAUCAAGCAUUUACAACAGUCCACAAGCUGGAGAACAUCUCUGUCCAAUCAUCAGUCCCAAAAUGACAAUAGUAUCACAGACCAGCACAAGUUUGAAAGAAAAACCACUUCUGCCAGUCACAGCGACGAAAAGCACUUUUUGGCCGCCAAGGAACCAGCACAAUCCACUUCCAUUACUUCUAAUCUACAAAAUUCAUCCAUCCAAGAUUCAUACGUAAAGAUGCAAAAGCCUUCAGACCUCCUCAACAUACUCAAACCUGCUGCACUAAACGGUAUCCUCGAUGAGGUCUCCAGCACAGUGACAGACACAAACAUAAGGGGUUUUGAGGAUAAGGCAAGGAAGAAACAGCAUAACAGUCACACUGUCAAACUCGAUGGAGAGGACAGUACCAAAACUGCACAACUGCAAGCGGGCAAGCAAGCAUAUGACCCUCAUACUCAAGCAAUACAACCUAUAUCAAGCAAAACAUUUACAAAAGAUUGCCAGAGAUCAACAGGAAGUGAAAUCCAGGACAGUGAGCAUCUGAAAAACAGCCUUCGUUCAUUCCAACAGACAAACUGGAGAGAGAUGUCACAAAGUAAGAUGAUUCAGAAUAGCUUACUGAUUUCAGAAAAGUCAGGGAUGAGCUUUUCUGUGGGUGAGAACAUCAAGCAACAGAUAAAGAACUCCAAAGAGUGCAGAAAAACUCAUGGGUUUAUACAAGAGUUCCCUGUGACAGACCUUCCAGGGGUCAGCCGAGAGGUCACCGAGCGAGACCUCAUCAGGAUACGUAGUCAGCGAUGGCAUGGUGUGAAUGGCUGUUACGAUAACUGGAAUAACUGGUAUGACUGGACUCAGUCCAUCAGCCUGGAUCCAUAUGGGGAUGGGAGUAAAUUUAGGAUUUUGCCUUACGUUGGCGUAGAUUACAGACUUUGAGUUUUUAGAGGCAUGUUUCUUAAAUCUUCAAAUGUGACCCUGGACCACAAAACCAGUCUUAAGUGUCAAUUUUUCGAAAUUGAGAUUUAUACAUAAUCUGAAAGCUGAAUAAAUAAGCUUUCCAUUGAUAUAAAAAAAAUCCAAAUAUUGAGAAAAUCGCCUUUAAAGUUGUCCAAAUGAAGUUCUUAGCAAUGCAUAUUACUAAUCAAAAAUGAAGUUUUUAUACAUUUACGGUGAGAAAUUUACAAAAUAUCUUCAUGGAACAUGAUCUUUACUUAAUAUUCUAAUGAUUUUUGGCAUAAAAGAAAAAUUGACCAUUUUGACCCAUACAAUGUAUUUUUGGCUAUUGCUACAAAUAUACCCCAGAGACUUAAGACUGGUUUUGUGGUCCAGGGUCACAAAUGACUAUGUCCUGUGUUUUUGUUGAGCUUCUCUAUUCUUCAUGGUCCAUUGCACUGGUGUGGCAAAAAUGUUUUAGUACAGUAGUUUGAAAGCAAUAAGACAAUUAAUAAAUUCAUUUUCAGCAAGAAACCUCAAAUGAACAAAACCACCAUGUACACUACCAGUCAAAUGUUUGGAAUAAUUCAUAUUUAUUUUAAUGUUUAUUUUCACCAAAGCUGCAUUUAUUUGAUCCAAAAUACAGUAAAAACAGUAAUAUGGUGAAAUAUUAUUAGAAUUUCAAAUAACUAUUUCCUGUUGUAAUGUUUUAAAAUGUAAUUUAUUCCUGUGAUGCAAAGCUGAAUUUUAAGCAUCAUUACUCCAGUCUUCAGUCACAUUAGCUUUCAGAAAUCAUUUUAACAUGCUGAUAUCCUGCUCAGUUAUUAUCAAUUAUUACUGGUGCUCAAUUAUUAGUAAUGAUUAAUAAUUAUUAUCAAUGUUGAAAAGUUUUUUGCUGCUUAAUAUUUUUUGUGGAAACUGUAAUACUUUUUUUUCACAAUACUUUGGUGAACAGAAAGUUCAAUUAAAAGCAUUUAUUUGAAAUAGAUAUCCUUUGUAACAUUAUAAAUGUAUUUACUGUCACUUUUAAUCAAUUGAACGCGACUUUGUGGAAUAAAAGAAUCAAUUUAUUGUUUAGUCAAUAAAUGAAAACUAAAUUACAUCACUAACCCUCAGUAAUCGCAAAUGUUUGUAUUUGCAAACACUACUAAUGGCUUACAUUCUAGUUUUGAAAACAAACAAAAAUGCAGAAAGAGGAAGAAAAAGAGCAGAGGAAGGAUGAGAUAAGAUGGCAUGAUAGUAAAAAUCUCAGGGCCCUAUUUUGAAGAUCUGAGCUCAUGGUCUAAAGCACACGGCGCAGGUGCACUUAGGUCGUGUCCAAAUCCAAUUUUGCUAGUUUAACGACGGGAAAAACAGUCGCCGCGCCUUAGCAUGGUCUAAAAGGGUCGUCCCUAUUCUCUUAAUGAGUAAUGGGAGUGUUUUGGGCAUAACAAGCAAUAAACCAAUCAUAGUCUCAUUUCCCAUUCCAUUUAAAAGCCAGUUGCGCUUGCGCCAUGGCAGAUUCGCUAUUUACAUUGGGGAAUUUGCAAGCGCAAAGACUGAACGCAUCUCCAGAGAGGUAAUGGAGCUGCUCGUUCGCAAGCAAAUAGGUAGCCUAAUUCAUGCAAUGACUAUGAGAUGAAGGAAUUUUUAUAUUUAUGUAGCCUACACAAUAAUAAACUCCUUUCAUUUUUAAUAUUUGGCAUGUUUGUGUGCUGCGCGUCCCUGUGUGUGUAAUAAGCGAAGUGUACGUGCGUUGUGGACCCGCCUAUAGGCACAUAUUACUAAGCACUCUUUAAAUAACAAAAAAAUGCCUCAAAAUAGCAAUGCACCAACAAUGCGCCUGAACACACCUCGUUUUCAGACCAGCACGCCCAUGAGCGAACAGAUGGGCGCAAAUGCAUUUGCUAUUUAAACAACGUUCCGCAGGACGUGAAAAUGAAAACUGCGUCGGGCUGAAACUAGUAAAGAACACUUGCCGCAUUGCGCCGAGUGUAUGAUAGGGCCCUCAGUUCUAGCAGUCACUGUUUUUCUUUCUUGGUCAGCGUGAUUUCUGAUUGGCCGAUCUUUGCAGUGUGGGCGGUCCUUGUGAGUGGGUGAGAGAGCAAGCUGUUGCUACACUCUCAGAAAUAAAGGUACAAAAGCUGUCACUGGGGCAGUACCUUUUCAAAAGGUACAUGUUUGUACCUAAAGGGUCCAUUUUGGUACCUUAAAGGUACAUAUUAGUACUUAAAGUGUACAUAUUUGAACCUAAUAGGUACAAAAGUGUACAUUUUGAAAAGAUGACAGCUGACAGCUUUUGUACCUUUAUUUCUGAGAGUGUAGUCUGAGAAAGUGAGCUUUGGCUGUGAUAAAAAGGGGGUGUGUUGCCAUGAUAACUCAGUGGGCCAUGUGCACAAAAGAUUUUGCAGCAAAUAGAGGAAGUUAAAAAGGGGUUGAGUUUCAAACCAGCUAAACUUAAAUUGAAUGAACCAGAAACAAUUGAACACAUUCUUAUACACUGCAUAGCAUAUAAAAAUA